AAUUAAAACUAAUAAUUACGAAUUAAAUAAGCCUCACCGUCGUAUAAAAGACCUCUCGUCUCCCUUUUCCGUUCUCUUUCCCCUUUCUCCGAUUCCCCUCGUCGACGAAGCGUCUUCACAAGGGAGGAGGAACCGGAAAGCGUUUUGAGGUGCUGUCGCGGCCAUGGCUUCGAAACGGAUUUUGAAGGAGUUGAAAGAUCUCCAAAAGGAUCCUCCCACUUCUUGUAGCGCAGGCCCUGUGGCGGAAGAUAUGUUUCACUGGCAAGCAACUAUUAUGGGUCCUCCAGAUAGUCCUUAUGCAGGUGGCGUCUUUCUGGUUACAAUUCAUUUCCCCCCGGACUAUCCAUUCAAGCCCCCGAAGGUGGCUUUCAAGACAAAGGUUUUCCAUCCAAAUAUUAACAGCAAUGGAAGUAUUUGCCUGGAUAUCUUAAAAGAGCAGUGGAGUCCAGCAUUAACGAUUUCCAAGGUACUUCUUUCGAUUUGUUCUUUACUAACGGACCCGAACCCAGAUGAUCCCUUGGUUCCGGAGAUUGCGCACAUGUACAAGACCGACAGGCACAAGUACGAGACCACCGCGAGGAGCUGGACCCAGAAAUACGCCAUGGGCUAAGCACUCAAAACUAGUUAAAUCGGAGAUCGUCGUGGGUGUCUCCGUAUCCAUGUCUUAAAACUUUGUGGUGCCCCUUCUGCUUCUCAGUCAAUAUUAUGUAUAAGUUCAACCAGUUAUAUUAUAACCAUAUUACUGUUCCAUUAAGGACCAAACAGGAAAUUCUAAAACUCAUUGCCGGUAUGGAUUGCUUGCAUUGGAAUUUGGUGUCUGGAACUUCGCU